AUGUUGGUCGCCUCCAGUGUGGUCAUCAGGUCUCCAGCCCUGGAGGAUGCCGAGCUGCCCCUGAAGGGAGUGAAGGCAGCUGAGAUUAGAGGCAUUGAGCUGAUGAAUGGCUCGGCAGUCUCACAGUUCACCCUCCUAGGCCUGUCCCACUCCCGCCCUCUCCAGCUUCUCCUCUUCGGCCUGGUCUUGGCCUGCUAUGCCGCCAGCCUGCUGGGCAACUUCCUCAUUGUGGUGACCGUGCGGGUGGACCCGCGCCUCCUCCAGUCCCCCAUGUACUUCUUCCUGGCCAACCUCUCGCUCAUUGACAUGGCCCUUGGCUCAGUGGCUGCUCCCAGGAUGCUUGGCAACUUGCUGAGCGAGGGCAGCACCAUCUCCUAUGGGGGCUGCAUGGCCCAGCUCUUCUUCCUUCACUUCCUGGGUGGCUCCGAGAUGUUCCUCCUCACACUCAUGGCCUAUGACCGCUACGUGGCCAUCUGCCACCCACUGAGCUACGCCGAGACCAUGCACCGCCACCGCUGCCUGGGCCUCCUGGCAACCUGCUGGGCUGGAGGCUUGCUCCACUCUGCCACUCAGCUGGUGUUGGUGGUCCGGCUGCCAUUUUGUGGGCCCAGCAAGCUGGAUAAUUUCUAUUGCGAUGUACCUCAGGUGGUCAAGCUAGCUUGCACCGACACCUUCAUGGUAGAGAUGCUCAUGGUGUCCAACAGUGGCCUGAUCUCUCUGGUCUGCUUCCUGGUCUUGCUGGGGUCAUAUGGUGUCAUCUUGGUGACUCUCAGGGGACGCUUUGGUGAUGGGGGCGGUGGGAAGGCUUUGUCCACCUGUAGCGCCCACGUGAUGGUGGUGAGCCUCAUCUUUGUACCCUGCAUUUUCAUCUACCUCCGGCCUUUCUCCAGCUCACGGAUGGACAAGAUGGUCUCCAUCUUCUACACCAUCAUCACGCCAGUGCUGAACCCCAUUAUCUACACCCUGAGGAACCAGGAGGUCAAGGAAGCCAUGAAGCGACUGAGGCAUAGGUUUUGGUUCCCUUGUUGGACAUAG